AUGAAUUUAAUAAUCGAAUUGAUAAAUUAUACUAAUAAAUAUUUGAAUGAAUUGGACUUAUUAAGUUAUAUUCUUCCAUUACCUUUCACGGAUGAUAGUAUUUUAACCCAAAAAUGCCUACUCUCGAAAUUACUUUCAAACUCUUCAUACCUUUCCAAAGGUCAACUUUACAACACUCUCUUACACAUUAUUAAUCUUAUCCAAUUAAAUUCCACCAAUACUACUCUUAAUUCCACCAAUACUACUCUUAAUUCCAAUAAUACUACUCUUAAUUCCAAUAAUACUACUCUUAAUUCCAAUAAUACUACUCUUAAUUCCAAUAAUACUACUCUUAAUUCUACCAUCAAUAAUGGUUUGGAUACAACUCAUACUACAGUUACCAACCCUAUGGAAAAUAUCACUAAAGAAUGCAAAAAUAAUAAAAAUUCGUUGGACUAUAAUAAGUAUAUAAAUGCCUAUGAUAUGGUUUAUAAACGGAAUGUGGAGGAGAGAAUACUGAAUAAGAGAAGCACUCGAUUAAUGGACAAGUCACUGGAGGAAGUUGAUUCAUUUACCGAAAUUCACACUCCUGAAGAAAUCGCAAACAGUGUUAUCGAGCUAUUGAAGAUUAUCUGUGAUCCUUUGUCUGUUGGAUUUAUUUUAAUUAUUGGCCGCAAAAUCCUUGGACAUUCAGAUGUUGUGACAUCGGUACUACCAUUAGCAGGUGGAGUUGUGCAACUUUUAGACCCUGAAGAACACUGCAUCAAGGGCGUUUGGUGUGACCCGAACCUUCCUCCCAAGUGCCAGUCUGAGCUUUGCAAAGUUCUUUUCCUUCGCUUACUUUCUCACGCCUUUAACUUCCCGUUUCCCGGCACCAACACCACUCAACGCUUUAAACACAUUUCAAUCCUGAACGUCUACUGCAUUCUGUUCCCCAAAUGUUUAUAUAAUUUUCUGGUCAAGAGCUUAAAGUUUGGACGACAUUACGAGACGGGCUCGAGUGGAGGAUCUCAUGAGGACUCUGCCACGAACCCUUGCAAAUGUCUUCGGCUUUCCGGUUCUGAGGACUCUCACCUUUUUUGGGGCAUUUCUGAGUCUAGACUCAAGUCCUCCUACUCCUCCAUCAAAUCGCAAUUGCCAACCACACCCUCCAGUGACUUACACAAGUACUUGAACUCAAUCCACUAA